UGCGGUGGAAGCACUUAUCAUUCAAAGAAGAGUUUGCAAGACAAACACCUCUCACCACUGGAGUCUUUCUGUGUAAAAAGUAUUACAAUGGACUGUGCCUUUGACAAGCUGGAUGCGGCUGGUUUCUUGGAAAUCUGGCAGCACUUUGAUGCAGACGACAAUGGCUAUAUUGAGGGCAAAGAGCUGGAUGCGUUUUUCCGUCACAUGAUGAAGAGACUGGGGCCACAGGACAAAGUGACUGAAGAGCGAGUCCAGAGGGUGAAGCAGAGGUUCAUGUCAGCAUACGAUGUCUCUGCUGAUGGCAAACUGCAGAUCCAGGAGUUGGCUCACAUGAUUCUGCCUGAGAAGGAGAACUUCUUGUUAAUCUUCCACAGAGAAGCGACCCUUGACAAUAGUGUCGACUUCAUGCAGGUGAAGUAUUGCUACUAUCAAUGGAUCUGGAGGAAAUAUGACGUGGACUGCAGUGGCUACAUUUCAGCUCAGGAGCUGAAGGCUUUCCUGAAAGACCUGUUCAAACAGCAUGGAAGGAAAGUGUCACCUGACAAGCUGGAGGAGUACACUGACACAAUGAUGAAAAUCUUUGACAAGAACAAGGAUGGCCGUUUGGAUCUGAACGACUUGGCCAGGAUCUUGGCUUUAGAAGAGAAUUUCCUACUUCAGUUCCAGUUGGACGCUGGCAGUAAAGAGGAGAGGAAGCGUGAUUUUGAGAAGAUUUUCGAUCAUUAUGACAUCAACAAGACUGGAGCAUUGGAGGGUGCAGAAGUGGAUGGCUUUGUCAAAGACAUGAUGGAACUGGUCAGGCCCAACCUCACGGGUCCCGAUUUAGAUAAGCUGCGAGGUGUUUUGCUGCGUCACUGUGACGUCAACAAGGACGGAAAGAUUCAGAAGAACGAGCUCUCGCUGUGCCUGGGAGUGAAGCAGACACCUUAGCUGUGACACUCAAGCAUCGUGUUGUCUUGUUAGAUUUUCAAAGCAUGACUAUGUUCUAAUGUACUUGAAGCAGAGAGUUACAUUGUGUCGUCUUGAUUUUUCUUUGACUUGACUUGUCAAUUGAUAAAUAAAACGCAAUGUAGCAAAAAGUGUUUUGUGCAUGCUCAAGGCCAAAUUGUAUGAUGUAAAGUGAAGGCUUGUGGUUAAAUAUUUGUGCUCUGUAAUUGUUUUGCACUUGCAGCAAUUUCUUUAUUAAAAUAUGAAAAAAAAACAAAUGAGACACUUAAAAUGAAAGUAAUGGAUGAAUUGGUUGCUAUGACCGAGUACAUGGUAACUAGCUUUUGCAUUUUGUUGAUUUCUGUUACUGUCUUUACACUGAGUUAUAGCAUAAAAUAAAAGCCAUUAAUCAAA